AUGGCACUACAAGAUGCUUUGGAUAAAAACAUCUCUAGCACCUGCUCUGAAAGCUCUCAUGGUCUUCUUCAGAUAAUGACAAGGUUUUGCAGGUCCAGGCAAGGCCUGUGGUACAUCUCUGAUGAGGGUUUGUUCUUCUCUGUAUCUAAUCCCCCGUCAGCCACGGGUUUGUCAGCAGAGGAUGGUCUCAGGCAGCUGCUGGGGUCUCUGCCUCAGUCUGAGGUGGACAAAUGUGUUCAGUACUUUACCUCACUGGCCCUCAGAGAGAGCACCCAGUCCUUGGCAGCACAACGGGGUGGUCUGUGGUGUUUUGGUGGUAAUGGGCUGCCUUACGCUCAGAGCCUCACCUCUGUUCCUUCUGAGAAGGUGGAAUCCUUCUACCUACAGGCACUGGUACAGCACUCAAAGGUCCAGAGCCACUGUGACCACAUAGUUGCCAGUGGAGGUCUGCAGCUCCUCCAGAGGAUUUAUCAGCUUCGUAGAGACUCCCUAAAGAUUCAGAGGAACAUUGUUCGCAUAAUAGGAAAUCUGGCACUCAAUGAAAGCGUUCACCAGGCUAUAGCCCGGUCCGGGUGGGUGUCUGUCCUGGCUGAGAUGAUGCAGUCUCCUCAUGCCAUGCAGGCGUCUCAUGCAGCACGUGCUCUGGCCAACCUGGAUAGGGAGACGGUGAAAGAGAAAUACCAAGAUGGUGUCUAUAUCCUUCACCCGCAAACACGUGGCAACCAGCCAAUCAAAGCAGACGUGCUCUUCAUCCAUGGGAUUCUAGGGGCAGCUUUUAAGACGUGGAGGCAGAAGGAUCCCAGUACGGUAGAGGAAGAGAAGGAGGCUGAAAGCAAGGAUGACUACACAGAGUGCUGGCCAAAGUCAUGGUUGGCUGCUGACUGUCCAAAUCUGAGAGUGCUAUCAGUGGAGUAUGACAGUCACCUCAGUGACUGGAUGGACCACUGUCCCGCGGAGAAUCGGAGGAAGUCCUUGGCCUACAGAAGUCGAGAGCUGCUAAAGAAGUUAAAGCUAGCAGGAGUUGGGGAGAGGCCUGUGGUCUGGGUAGCCCACAGUAUGGGAGGAUUGCUUGUGAAGAAAAUGCUGCUGGAUGCCUCAGAGGACCCAGAUAUGCGUGGACUGUUAAAGAACACUAAGGGCAUUAUGUUCUAUAGUGUUCCUCACCACGGUACCUUUAUGGCAGAGUACUCAGUCAAUGUUAGAUAUCUCCUCUUUCCAUCUAUAGAAGUCAGAGAACUUUGUAAAGACUCACCAGCACUGCGAAACCUGAAUGAGAACUUCCUGAACAUGGCCAAAGAAAAGGAAUUCAAGGUGCUGAGUUUUGCAGAGAAGCUGCCAACAAACAUUGGACCCAUGAUCAAGAUACUCGUGGUACCGACACAGUCAGCAAAUCUCGGCAUCGGGGACCUCAUCGAGGUGGACGUAGAUCAUCUUAACAUCUGCAAGCCAGAGAAGAAGGACUCAUUUUUGUACAAGCGCAGCCUCCAGUUUAUCCAGGAAGCACUGCAGAGCUACAUCAGCCACUAACUAAAAUAUAUGAACACAAACACUGAUACAUGUUUACUUGAAAUGGAGGAAAUCACCGUCACCCACCCCACCCCUGAACCAAGAGGAAACCUAACUGCCUCUCCUUGUUGCACAUAAUGUGAUCAUAUCAUAAUUACGGAAAUUACAUUAAUUUCACACAUUGAUUUUUGUGAAGAAUUAACAGUUAUGAUGAAAGAAACCUGGGAUUUUUAUUUUGUUUUCCUAGUCAUCCUAUUAGAUUGGUCUUUCUCACUGCAGAGUUGUUGAAUUUUAAAAUUUCUGUAUUUUUAAAAGAACAAUGUUUACAGGUUCAGUUAAUUAAAUAUUCUAGGUUUUAUUUUAAGGCACUUUGUUCCAUUUCAACUUAGUAUGUUAAGCUGGUUAGUCUAUCAUUAUACUAUAUUUAAUUAAAGAAGCACUGACAUGUUAUUGCCAUUUAUGUUCCUUAGUAUUUUUGACCAGUGAUAGAUUUAUUUCUAAAUGUAUGUAUUUUAUUUAACUAGAGGAUUAUAGUUCUAUUGUCUGCCAAAAUAUAGGCUAUUCCUUCCUGUACCUCAAAUGGACCUGUAUUAAUAUUCAUUCAGUUUGCUUUAUUUAUUGGACUAAGCUCAAAUUGCCACUAGCAAUGCUGACAAUGAAUAAAUGUAUGAGGUUGGAGGCUUUA